AAUCUGAAGAUGUGUGUACAUAGCACAUAAAUUGCAGAUUGAGGCCGCCUGAAAAAAACGAGAGAAAGAUGGAAGGCUUUGGGAUCAUCCUGCUGCUGCUAAUAGCCGAGUCCAGUUCCUGGGCCCUCGAGGAAUCCACCGCCAAUAUAGCAAAUCCACCCCCACGACCUUCGCCACCGCCCACCGUGAAGCUCAACAAGUGCUGCCACUCGGGGGAGUUCCUCAACGAGACGAGCGGCGCCUGCCUCGCGGGCAGCGAGACCCUAUGGCUGCCCAUGGUCUACCUGGUGCAGCAGCAGCGCUUCUACGAGCCCCACGGCGCCGCUCCGCGCUUCCUCAAGUUCCUGCCCAACACGAGGCCAAAGUGCGGCCAGGAUCGGCGGACGGAGCUCUUCCGGAGUCGCGGCGGCAACGUGAUGCUCUUCCCCAACGGCACGCUGUACGUAAGGGAACGCGGGCUCCUCGUCCAGCCGCCGGACUACUGCGUCGACUGGGAGGUGGCCCUGGUCUGUCUGGAGAGCCAGCCACAGGAUGCCGACGCCCUGAAGGCUCCAGCUGCGAACCACUCGGAACAUGGCCCCGCCAAUCUCCGCCUGAGCAAGUGCUGCGGCCGCUGGGGCAGCUACAACACGCAGCUGCAGAACUGCGACCUGCAGCCGCAGCGCGAGAAGCUGCUCCGUCUGGCGCCGCAGCUCCCAGCGGGCAGCUACCUGACCAGCUACGGCCUGCCCGUCUGCCCGCGCUCCGGUGGCUAUGCCAUCGCCGGCGACUGGCAGGAUGCCCGGCUGGACAGGACGACCGCGGGGCUGCAGCUGCCGCACAAGAACCUCAGCGCCGACCAGUACUGCCUGGAGCACACGGAGCGCGAGGGCGAGGUGAAGAUCAUAGCCUGCCAGCAUUUGUUUAGCGCAGAGGAGAUGGCAGCCCCGGGCGAGGCUGUCGAGGAUCUGGGCGGUCAGAACCUGCAGAAGGCCGUCCUCACUGGCGGCAUACUCGUAUCCAUUGUCUUUCUAACCGCCACUCUGGUGGCCGGCUUCCUGCUGCCCACCGCCCAUCAUGCGCUGCAUUGGCGGUGCCAAAUCUGCUACAUCAGCUGCCUGCUGCUCGGCAAGAUACUGCUGGCCAUCGAGGAGCUGAGCUCCAGCCUGCAGCCCGGCAGCGCCGCCUGCCACACGCUGGCCAUCCUGAUGCAGUUCUUCUUCCUGGCCGCCUUCUUCUGGCUGAACACCAUGUGCUUCAACAUCUGGUGGACGUUCCGGGACUUCCGUCCCAGCUCGCUGGAGCGCAACCAGGAGGCGCUGCGUCGCUACCUCUACUCCCUGUACGCCUGGGGCGGCCCGCUGCUCAUCACCUUCGUGGCCGCCUGCGUGGACCAGCUGCCGGAGACGACGCUGCUGCGGCCGGGAUUCGGCCAGCUGUACUGCUGGUUCGACAACCGCAACCUGUCCAUCUUCGCCUACUUCUACGGUCCAAUUGGCCUGCUGCUGUGCGCCAACAUAGCGCUCUUCGUGUCCACCACCCACCAGCUGACCUGCGGCCUGUGGAAGCGCGAGGAUGUCAAGAGUUCGUCGGAGAAGUCCGCCUUGGGGCGCGUCUGCCUGAAGCUGGUGGUCGUGAUGGGCGUCACCUGGAUUGCGGACAUCCUCUCGUGGGCGGUGGGCGGACCCCACGGCGUCUGGUUCUUCACCGACCUCAUCAACGCCCUGCAAGGCGUCUUCAUCUUCAUUGUGGUGGGCUGCCAGCCGCAGGUGUGGACCGCCUGCCGCCGGAUCUUCUGCCCGCGAUUGCGACACGACAUCACCAACACCACCAACGGCGUCCAGCACUCGAGCAGCUCGCAGGGAUUGCCCUCGCUGGCCGGCGGCACGGAGAUCACCCAGAACACCACCAUGCCCAGCAGUCCAGCGGCGGACAGCGGACUGGAGGAUGACAUGCCGGAGAAGGGCCCAGUUCCCCCCGUUCCCGGCGUCAAAAUGGAGACUGUUUGCUAAACACAACUGAGACGACGAGCGACAAUGCGAAAGUCAGGCCCGGAUACAAAAGUCCAGACCUCGAACGAGCGAAAUAAUGGCAAUGGGCAGCUCAGCACAGAGGCAGCAAGCAGAAGAAAAAAACGACCAAACCAAAACGAAAAAAGCUGCUAAAGCUGGAGUUUCGAGACGAGAGGCGGCGGCACACACUUGCGCAAUCGCAGCGACGACCAAGCUGACCAGCUAAUUGUGCGAGCUGUGUGUGUGUGUGUAAGCGCCUUGCGCGUGAUUUUGAAAUCGGCCAACAACCGCUGUGGAACAAAAAGUACUCGGUGUGCGCCAGUAUUCAACUUCAAUUUGAGCCAGCACAAAAGAAACGUAUUAUUUUAUUCAUCGUCAUAAUCGCGAGAGGCAGAAGAAGAGGCAGUAAAAGCAGAAUAACGGUAGAGCAGUUCGGGUCACAUUAACACAUUCUAACUGGCCAGUGUUGCGAAAUGCCUGGAAUGUGCAGCCGGACAGGAAUUCACAAUAGACAAAACAAAACAAGCUAUUGUUGCUCUUUCUUCCAAGCGCUUCCAAGCAACAAUAUAUGUAUGUAUGUACACAAAAACAACAGAAGUGUGUGUGAGGCAACCACAAGGAAUUUGCUGUUGAGGCACUUUUGUUGUUGUUUAGCUAAGAUCGCUGCUCUGCUUUUUCUGUUUCUGUUUCUGACUCAAAUCUCAAGUGUGAGAAAAACGGUCGACACACACAUGCACAUUUCGGAUGUUUAACAUUUAAAUUAGCUGAUUCUGGAAUUGAAUUCCCCGAUUUCCAUUGACUUGACACUGAUUGCAUCCAGUCUUUGUGUGUGUGUGAGACUGUGUAUUUGACAUUUUCAUUGCCUAAUCACUUUUUUACUGACUAAAACUAUUUUUAUGCUUGGCGCAUAAUCUUUUUCGGCUGAAAAUUUUUUAAAUGUUUUUUAUGGGCAGAGUAAACAAACAAAAUUUAUUUACUCAAAGGCAUAAACAAAAUCGCUGCGCACACUCACACACACACUGAUACGCGGAAACAAUCAAAUUCAUCAUCAAAAGUUCAUCGAUACUUAUCGAUCAAGGUUAAAUGGUUGGAAAAGAAAGCGCGCUUAAUUAAACAAUGAUAAAGCAGUAGACACACACACAUUAACAUUAACCGAAACUCUUGCAACUUGUGGCGCCAAAUUUGAAUUGUAUUCCCCCAACCCAAACGUAUUUUAUGUAUUUUAGGUCUUGAAAACGCAGAAACUACAAUGCAGUACAAUUAUUAUUUCUCAUUAUUUUUAUUUAAUCAAUUAGUUAUUUUUUUUGCUAAUUAAUUUAUUGCUCGAGUUUGCAACAACACACGUUCAACGUGCGUCAGCAACAUUUGUAUUAUGAUGUAGUAGAACUUCCAAAGUGUUCAGGCCAAAACUAAUUCUCACCGUACUAAAGAGCGAAUGUGCUGAUUUUGGUAGGAGUCGAUUGUUUAUAUAUAUAUAUUUACUAUUUACCAUUUACUUGUACAUAAUCAAGGAGAAAAAUGCCUUCUUUUCUGUGUAUUUUAUACUUUAUUUCUUGAUCCUAAGCAACGAAUCGAAUAUGAAAUUAUCGAAUGACUGAGACAAAGGCAGCGAAUACUUUACACCAACAUGCAUAGAUUGUAAUUUUGAUACUAACUAUUGACUAUUGUAUAUAAACGUAUUUUGUACACCCUAUUGGCUAAGCGAUUGAUAUAUAUUAUACACGUUUCAAUGUACAUCGAUUGUUAACCACUUAUUGUCCAAAACCCAACUCGAAUCCCUGUAACCAGACAACGAAUAGCCCUAAGUUUUAGACCCUACGAAACCCGAAACUGUUGUUAACCUUACCUGUAAACUAAAACUGAAACUAAAAAACGAUCGAACAAGUCUGCAAAGCAAAGCCCACUUAGUCAGCUGCUCCUCGCCCCCAAAAAGCGAAUUUCGAACGAUUUCCCGCGGGAGAGCAUGAGUAUUUUAACGAUAAUUAUCAUAUAAUGUAUGGCAUUCAUAAGGAAUAUAUCAAUAAUAAUUCGCUUUUGGAGGCGUGUGCGUGUUCUUCUGCUCGCUAUUAAUUUAUGGCGCAGAGCGGGAACAUUUUAUAGAUAAACAUGCGGAACAAAAUUGUCUGAAAUGGCAAUUAAAUGAAACCGAAACUGAAACUUGGCAUGAAUGUGCAGCUAUAUAGAAUAGAUAUACAGACCCCGAUAUAUUCACAGUACACAAUACGCCCGCAAUAGUAUACAAGAAAUUGCCAUUGAGCAAACAACCACUAAACUAUUUAUAUUUACAUACCGUACAAUAAAGCUUUUUGGCAAAUAUCAAUGAAACUAAACAAACAAA